AUGAAUUUAUCAUCGUUCAAAAAUACAGUGAUUGGGCAAUCUCAAGGAACGAAAGUUCCAUUGCAGACGAUAAACAGGAGAACCAGGGUCAGUACAAUAUCCGUUCAGCGAUCUAAAAUGGUUUCAGUUUCUUAUUCGCUGAUUAUAGUCCAUUAAGCAAACCAGUUUAAUUAUUUUUUACUUUUUCAGAGAGACAAACGCGUUUGUAAAGAUUUCGUCAUGAGUCUGGACGAACUUGACGAGAGUUUCACUGAUAUUUUGACGAAACAUCGUUUGCUUAUUGUUCAAAACCUUCAGGUGGAUCGUACGUUUUUAUUUGAUUACCUAAUAAGCAAGAAAACAUUCGAUAAAACGGACUAUGAGCUGAUUCAAGCUGAGAAAACCAGCGAGUCUAAAGCAGGAAGAUUUCUGGAUAUCCUGGCCAUGAAAGGAGAGAGUGCUUUCUGUCAUUUUCUUGACGUAUUACAAGUGGUAAAUCCGAACUUAUAUGAAAUGAUGACUGGAGAAAGUGCGACGAAGAGUAAGUUCUGUUAAUUUGUGAUUUCUCUUAAAAUACUGAACUAUGUUCGGCCAAAAACCGGAAUUUUACUUUUUUAACAUCUAUGUGAUUGCUAAUACUGUUGAAUAUAAAACGUAGAACGUAUUCGUUUGCGAUGCGGUUAUCGUGUUCACUUUUUUUACUUGUAUAUUUACAGAAUAAUAGUUAUGAAUCAGUCUAGAACCUAUAUCAAAUAUCGGUUUUGCCCUCAUUGUGGGGGUUUUAACUUGUUAAUGUUUCAUUCUCCUCUGUCUAUGCCGCCGAUGGACUAUUAUAUUCAUGUACCAAGGACUCCAAAUACUCCGCCCAUUUGCUAUUUAACCUAUCUCUCGGUCUCCUAUUGUAAGUUGUCAGUAAUUCCGAACGAAAAUGCACGAAGCAUGCAAAUUUUAGCGGCAGAUACUGGUACUGCAAGUCUAGCAAGAAGCUUUUACUCAUUAAAAAGCAUUAUGGUGCUUCAUGGACUGAUUACGAAAGACACGAACUAGCUGUUACCAUUUUCCUCAGGAAUUUAGCGCUUUCUGAGCGAAACAAGCACGAUACGUCCUCGUACCAUUUCAGGCAUCAUUCGAAAUUUGCGAAAACUCAUGUAAACAGACAGAGAGUUCGCAUGUUACGGUUCUAACUUAAAGUUCCCUGCCAAAAUCACCAUCACCGCCUAUUCUAAGUGCUACUAAUACUACAUUCGAACCUCUCACAUGCGACCACCUCUUAAAGCGACUUAAAGAGGUAAGGACCACCUCUAUUCAGAAUAAGUUGGAAAACCUUGUAAGCGGCUGCGACCACGUUUUGGAUCGUAUAGCUUAUUUUUCCAUGUCUUUGACCUCUCGUAAGCGAUGAGUUAACACAAGGUCUGAUCCUAAAGUUCGCUGUAUGUACAACACUUAUCACAGUAUAAACUGAAUAGACGUCUAACCACGUUCUGUACCAGGUUCCAGGAGACGCGUAGUAGAAAACCCUGGGAACGAAAUUGAGGGGACUUCUACUGACAACACGGCACUGCUUUAUUAAUGAAAGUAAUGACUUCUCUCAAAUAGUAAACAUGUCAGUUCGUUCCGAGAAGAAACCAGAAACACAUGUAGCCACUGAAAGCUACUGAACGAUCUGCCAUAUGCCAAUAGCAUUUACAGAAGCGUCAUACUGAUUCACAACAUGACGCGACUUUGCUCAUUUCCUUCGAAAGUGUUCUCUAAAAAUUGUACACGAUUUUUUCAGUAGGUCGGUUAAGACUAGACUGCAAAACAGCCCGUUUUUUUGCAUAGGUCAUGACUCUUACCAGUGUGCUCGAGCGAUCAAAGGAAAGUCCUCGAGCGAGGGUGAAAACGGAGUGAGACUGGGGAGAGUAGUACUAAGAGCUUUUUUCUCUAGCCCCAGUGACAUGUCCCUCGUGCCGUUAAAAAAAACAAAAACAAAAACAAAAAUAGAUAAAUAAAUGAAAUAACCCGGUUAUUUUGAAGUCUAGGUAAAGUCAAUAUAGGUGUUAUUUACGUGUAUCUUAAUAGUUAACUCAUUUUAUGUUCCUCAGGAGUCAACCCUAUAUUUUCGGAGAUAAAAAGUCAAAUAACUUUUGGUGAGUCACAAAUUACUCUUUUUUACUUGACCUUAAACUAUAAAAAGAGACAGCGUAAUUAAGGAGGCGUCUUCUUAGUAACCUUGUUCGAUAGAAUUGAAACAGUUUACCUACAGAUCCACUAUUAUUUAAAGCUGUUUUAAAUGAUAAUAGAUUAAUUAAUUAGCCGUUUCAGUCCUAUUACACUUUGGAGCACGCCUGUCGAAUUCCAAACUCAUCGAAACUCAGAUACUAUAGCAUUGGUAACGCGGUCCGACGUCUCGAUGAUACUACAAUCAUUGUCAACGCAAAAAUGAUCAUAUUAACAACUUAAGGCGGAUGAGAUCAGUAUGCACUUUCAUUUAUUGAGGGGGGGGACAGGGGCGUCCAAACCUCCCGCCUCCAGUACGUAGUCCCAGCUCCCGCCUCUUUUUUCUCGGCUUCCUCUCUUUAUCCCUUUUAGACUGCGAAAUAUUAAGCGUUGUUGCAUAAUUUUGCCCCUAUUCCCCCCUUUUCCCCACCCUUUUAGAACUCCCACCUUCCGCCCAUCCCUCUGCCGCCUCCUGAACCCAUCCCGCCCUCUAUUUUUCCGGUCUCCCGACCCCUCCCCCCCCCGCCCCUGCUCCUCCAUUUUCAUUUUACACCCAAACCACAAAGAAACAGUCUCGGAUAACAUUAACACUUACUUCUCAGUUUGGGCAAAAUGGUGCCUUAGGGGAGGGGUAGGUGGGCAGUUUCCCAGAAACCUAAAUUGAGCAGUCCACAGUCACUUUUCCUUUAUAAUAGGUCAGGAAUCGGUUCCUGAUGCCUUGGUAUAAUCGAAAUGUUGCACAGCAGCGCUUUAAUAUUCCUACCGUAAAUUAUGUAUUUUCUGCUUAGGUCGUCAGCGUUAACAAAGUUCCUCGUCCUGUUGUUAAUAUUUUUGUUGUUACCAAUUUUCUUUAAGGUGGAGGUUCAAGCUUUCUCGAUGUCGAAAUCUUGAGUAACUAUGUCAAAAGACAGUCCGAAGAAUUACAAGACCUUGCCUUCAGGCUCGAUCAAGUACUGAAAGAAAACAACGAACUAAGACGCAGGUUAGACGAUAGCCUGUCAGAGCAGGGAAGAAAGCAAAAGAAAAUCGAGGCACUCGAAAAACAAGUCUACGACACGCAAGAAGCCUUGGCAAGCGAGGCGCGGUCCAGUGCUAGCAAAGACGGCGAGAAUUUGUUGCAGAGAUUUGAAGUGAUUCAACGCGAAGGUCGAACAAACCAGUUUAUUAUACAGCUUCAGAUGAGGCUGCUUACAGCGCACGAAGAAAACGAAACACUUAGAAAGCAGCUGGAAGAUGCCAGAGCUUCAAACACGUUUAAGAAAAGAGAAACAACCAAGCUGUCACAGCAAUUGAAGUCUCAAUCAGCAGAAUUGAAGAGCUACGAGGGACUGAAGAAAAAACUAAGGGAAGUGCAGUUUGAAAAUGGCAAGUUACGGUGCGAGCUGCAAGAGAAAGAGGAUGAAGUUCUGGAAUUAACCAAAGUGAAGCACUGGACUGAAGCUCUGACAGCGCGUUACGAUCUGAUUGUGGCGGAGAAAGAAAAAGCCCUGAAAAAUCAAGAGGUCAUUGAGAGCAAGUGUACUUCCCAACAAGAUGAUAUCUCCGAUUUAAUGAUGAAGUUAAACCUCAAGGAAAAGGACAUAGAAGAACUGCAACGCUCAUAUAAAGAAGCUGAAGACAAUUCAAGAAUUUACAGGGAAGCGCGGGACUUUUAUUGUAAGGCUAUAACGGAAACCGCGUUGGAACUUGAAGAGGUGCGAAAGGAAAAAGAAGAUGCUGCCCACCGAUACAACAAAAUGCUGGAAUCCAAGGAAUCCAGCAUUUGCCAACAGGCGGAAUAUUUGCGACAGUUCGAAAAGAAGUACGAGGAAACCAAAGAAGAACUUAGGGCUGUCAAAUUGAAUUUGGCCCAGGAAAGGAAAGACAACGAAGAAUUAAGAAAGAGAAUUUCAAAUUUGGAGCUAGAUUUGAAACAAAAGGUAAAUGCAUACAAAACGAGUCUAUGACUUUAAAAGACUAAUACUAAAAAGAAUGCCCCCAAGGUUAAGGUACAGAUAGUGCGAUAAAAGGAUGAAAUUUUACCUCUUUAUGAAUUCCCUCUGAUACUUAUGUGUAUUGUGACGUGUUCAAAGAGAAGCUUAAUCACGUGACAGCUCAAACAAGACCUUCAAGCAAAGGAAUCCUAUUAUUACAAAGUAUUGUAAUUGGCACCACAUCUUUUCGAAGUAACAAUUCUCUCUUGGCCAGAUAAAUCAGUAUUGAAUAAAAACUUAGCGUAUCCACGAUCUAAAGAUGGAUAUUUAUUACCUGGAGUUACAAAGGAAAGAUACCUUGUUUAAUACGAACUGACUUUAACAGUUAAAACGGCAAUGUAAGGCUUUUUCUAGAAUUUUAUAACUUAGGUUAUGACGUUUUGAACAACGUAAAUUAAUUCCACUCGAACAGAACUUACUUGACUUGAAAAUGCAAAAUUUACUCUCUUUUCGCGGGUUUUUACUGGUAAUCCAUACAUGCUUUGCGAAACUUCGAGUUGUUAUCAUUUUAAUCACGAGUUGCUAGGGCAACAACCGCCUGUUCAAGGAAAAGGUCCUUUAACAGAUCAAGUAACUAAUAAGAUAAAUAGUUUAAAGCAGGGUUUGAAGGUUCUGUUGAUAACGUGCUUUAAAGACCUUUUUACCAUGGGAUCAUUUCAUUACCGCUUCCAUAACCUCGUCUCCAGGCCGUUUAUCUUAGAAAAUGGGCAGGAGGGCGUGAAAAGCCCUGGGGCCAAGGUUGCGGCUUCCAGAGUUCACUUCGUCUUCAGUUUUUUUCUUUUUAAAAUAAGCAUAAUUGAUUCAAACAAGGUUUAAAGAUGUAGCAACCCUAAUUUUUGCAAGCAAAACAGAAAACUGAAGGAAUCUGGUAGCAGUUGAAAUCAAGUGGCCGAUCGUAAAAAUAACCUAUUUCAAAUCAUAACAACCGUGCGUUUUGUAGGAACCAAUUUCCCAUGUCGAAGCAGAUGUCGAGGACGAGUGUCCAACCCAGGACUCUUGCGAUGAGAGUGAAAAAGGAGAAACUGAUCAUGAUGUUGGGUCGUGCAUCGACUGGAAGAAUAUCAAAGAGCGACAAAAUAAAGACAUUGUGGGCAGCAUAAUACGGCGCAUAGAGGAACCUUACCAGCAAACGAAAGUGACCCAAGAGAAAGCUGUCUCGAAAAGUAUUAGCCUUGAUGAGCGCUUGGCCUCAAUUCUUCCAGAAUUUGACAGCCUGCCCCCUGACACAAAAAAGGGCGUGAGUAUUGAUCGCAACAGGAUGAAACAGAGCCUGUCGUACGAGCUGCUAGCCACAAUGGUUCCUCGAGUGACAGCCGUUGGAGCAUCAUUCCCUGAGGCUCUCAGCGCUGCGAUCAGUAGAUCACAUGACAGUUACCACGAAAGAGGACAGUCACGAAAUCAUUUUCCUGGCAGGCGGAUUGGAUUUCGCAAAAUGUCGGAUCCUGUGGGAGUUGAGUAUUUUUCACUACAGCUUCAAAAUCCAAAUGUGCCAGAGAGAGACCAAGAAGAGAAUGAAGCCAAAGGUAUUUUAAAAUAUAAAGAGAAGUCGUUACGUCACGUUGCAAUGUUACCAAGGUAGAAAAAUUUCCGGAUCCAUGGUCCUGCAAAUAUGACUGAAAAAAAAAGGCCAUGUAUGACUCUGUUGUGCAUGAUUGCACUCAGGAACAAAACAGUAGCCCAUAGCUUUCCAGAAAUUGAGAUCCAGAAAUUUUGCUACUAUAGAAAUAUGACGUCACACUUCUCCUCUCUGUUGCAAACCAUACGGUGAAGUAAAAAGGGACGUCAACUGGGUUAAAAUUGUCACAGUGUCCAAUCUCCUGCUUUGCAAAACUGAGAAUACGGGUCUCGCCAAAGUUUGUGAAUCUCGAUGGCGGGAAGAACGGGGGGAGGGGGGGGGUGGGGUGGAGAGGGUAGGAAUAAAACCGUAAGCACUAGCGCUUUACUCUAAAUUAGCAAAACCGCCAACGAAAAAGUGUUAAGGAAGUUGUCGCCACUACAACAUCUAGAGAUUCCAAAGUUUUUACGUUUUGUUCUGUCAGGCUCCCGGCCCUGUAACCGGCUCCUGUGCAAGUAACCGAGCGCGUACUGAGUGAUAUUGACCGUAAAAGAGCCAAUCAGAGUGCUCCAUUUCGUCUUGAGAAUAGCUGGCCAUAUCAUAAUUUUAUCAAUCAUAUUUCGCGUUUAUCAUUUUUCUUCUAUAUUUUGCAUCAACUUUUUUUUUGUUUUACUUUUCUUUGUUUUCUUUAUCAAAUGGACUUUUUUGAGUCGAAGGGACGCUUAGCCUGGAAGCUAGAGGUCUUCUCGCUUUCACCUUCUCGCGAGAGACUUAGAGAGCCAAGUGCUGAAUUGCUAGUCGCCCCUUCGCGGUUUUGCCGCUGAAUUCUGUCGUCCCUAAAAGAGCAAAAAAAAACCCUCUGGCACCCAAGGAAAGGGACACUAGGAUUUGAAGAAAAUUUAUGUUGAGAAGGGUAAUUGUAGGUCCUCCAACCCCCCCUCCCCCUUUGCCUCUCCUUCCCCCCAGUCCCUCCCCACCAGUCCAUUAACCUCUGAUCUAGGUGUCUUACUCCAAGACCCAGAAGUGAUAAUACAUUUCGUAUGUUCUUAUAUACAAAGGUGAUCUGGCGGGUGAUGAGAACGAGACUUUUGAAGACAAGAAAGAGGAAGGGCAGCGCGGAUUCCGCUCACGUACACAGGCAAUCCGCUUACGAACUGGCGAGAGACAUCGCCGCCAAACAGAGCCUGCGCUGUUUACUCAGGGAAAAGAAUAUUUGCCUAGCCCCUAGGCCUCAUUAUUCCUCGUGGUCUAUGGGUUUGGGUCACGUGGUACGAGCGCGGCAGUUCGUCUCGGAACGUUACCCAAAUGUAUUGACCGAUUACGUAAACUUUCUUUA